AUGGAGAGCCAAACCAGAAGUCCGACGUUGACACAGUCAAAACCACCGCAGCUAGAACUUGAAGAAACCGAAACCCUUUCGUCUGACUUUGCUGGCAAUAAUGAAGCGAAAACCUCUUUCUUGGGGAGUGAAGCCGAACGAACUCUCGAGAACGAAGAAGAUCAAAAGCAACCUACCUUUGGCAGCUAUGGCCUCUUGAACAAGAUUGAAAGAGAACGACAUGGAAUUGUCAGCGCAUGGAGAGCGGGUAACAAAGCUCGGAUCCCGCUCCUCAGCCUGUGCUGCCUGAUCAUCAUGUUAGCAAUUCUCGCUGUCAUGAUUAUCAUUCUGCUCGUUUCAGAUGGCAAAGAUGUUGAGUCGUGGGGGGCUACGACUAUGCAUAUUGGCCAUCGUUACCAUUACUGGCAGGUCAGCGUCAGUGCCUGGCUUGCCCUGGCCAAUUUCCUCCUCUCGAAGACCCUCGCCGUCAUGUUCGCCGAGGCCGUCGCGGUUUCCUGGUGGGUGGACGCCAUCCGUGGCCAGACUUUGAAGAGACUUCAUUUCCGUUGGGCCGUUGGCAACUCUAUACACAUGGUUGCAUUCCAUUGGAGGCUAUGGGGCUGGAUAUGCGUUGGGAGUCUAGCAUUUACCAUCUUUGCUGGGCUAGAAGUGGUGCUACAACAAGCCAGUUCUUCGACCACAGUUUUGUCAGAGAUCCUCCGGAACAUGACUUCAGAGCUUCCUAGUGCUCUUCCUGCUGGAUUCUCCGGCGUGGUGGCGGCAACUGGCCACGAUACCUUCGGCGUGGUUUAUUUCACGCCACCCUUCAUUCAAGUCCUUCAAGAUUACAAGGUCCAGGCGCCUGUCGCACUCAACCUGCAAGGCUGUGGCUCUACUUCCAACGUAUCAUGUGUCGCGCGACUCCCCGGACUGGGCUUCCAGUACACCUGCAAUGCGACCCGGAGUUCGCUGCUGAACCCUCUAGUGGCGGAUUCCAAUGGUACUGUUCAUCAACCGCCCAACACGGUUUUUCAGGUCAAUGUCACCACUGGGAUUCAUUGGGAAAUUGGACUCAGCACGCUCUGGCAGGACAAGAAAGGGUAUGUGGGUGAAACGGUUACAAAUCGACAAUGCACUCUUUUGCCUGCCAUGGUGGAGUACAUGGUCAAUGUCACGCAGGGAGUGGCAACACUACAGCAACCUACAUCUACCAUAAACUGGACAAUUUCCCCCACAGAUCCCUACGAGCAGAAUAUUGCCGUCGACAAAGUUUUGGAUUUGCUCCCUAUUCCAGACCAUGACCAGACACUGAUACACACCUGGGAAAGUCAGAACGACCCUACAUCGGGUCAGCACAGCACGCUGGGAGGUAUCGCGCUGGCAUUUUCCAGCCUUUUCGGCUCGAGCAUCGUUAUCAAGAGCGACGUCACCAACUUUGGCUCCGAUGUUGCCGUGACGGGAUCCUUUGCCGCGCCCUACGCGAUCUUCGAGCACGGCACAGGCAGCAUUGAUCUGGCACUGAACAACACCUACGCGUCCCCGAUGAGCGCCUUGCUUUCGAACAUGAGGGACAUCAUGUUCCGCAGCUCCGUGGCCGUCGCGACGCAAAAGGUGGGCGACUACAUGUUCCCGAACGCGUCGGCGCUGGACGUGCAGACGUCGACUGUGCCCGUCCACAACGUCACCACCGUGGGUCAAUACCAAAUCUACCACACGGUGUACCGGACCAACCGCACCAUCCUCGGCGUCGCGGUCGGCCUCAUGCUGUUGGCCAUCCUGGCCAUCCUACCGCUCUACGACGGCUACUGGCUACUCGGUAGGAAGAUCAGCCUGUCGCCCUUCGAGGUGGCCAAGGCGCUGCACUACUCGACCGUGGUCGACGAGCGAAACGGCACCAGAGUGCCCUACAGCGUCCUCGACGUCGACGACGGGGAGAGGCCCGACCGAGCACCGCAGUCCGGCUCGAACCUGUCCGCCGACGAACUGGUCAAGAUCCUGGGUUCCCGUAAAGUGCGCUACGGCGAGGUCGCGCCUAAUAUCCUCGGACUGGGGCUGGUCGAGUAUACCGACCCAGCCAAGGCGGGAAGACUCUAUGAUUGA